AGGUUUCCUGAAUAUAUGCAAUCACUCUUGAAGAUGGCAGAUACUCUCAAGUUUGGUCCAGAAUGGUUGCGACAGUUAUCUGGAGGUAACAGUGUUGGUACCCCGCCCCCUUCCCCUGCCCCAGGAUUUGGCAAAUACAAGCUAGCUGACUACAGUAACAGUAAACUUCUAAUAUUUGGAUGUUCAGCAUGUCCCUAUAAUCAAAUGACUGUCGUUAUUAUGCACCCACAAAAGGAAGUUAGCUUGUUGCAAAUAAUGGCACAGUCAGUGAAUAGUCAAGCUGUUUUACGAAUGAUGGGCAGAGGUGCCCCGUCCAUGAGAGGGCGUGGUGGUGGAAUAGAUAGAGGAAGGGGCAGAGGAAGGGGGCGGGGUGAUGGUUACAUGCAACGAGGAGUGUCCUAUGAUGAAAUAGAAGGUGGAGGGUUUGGUCGACCCCGGCAAAGACCAGAUGGGUCCUGGGAUGAAGGGGACCCUAAAGCAUAUCAGAGGUCAUAUUCAAAUAGAUAUACAGAUCCCACCCAACCAAACAAGGUUUAUCAGCGUUCUUUAAGUAGUGAAAAUUGGCGGGAUCGUGAAGAAGAUGAUGAUAACGGGGACUGGCGAAGGGCAGGAUCAAAAUGGAAUAAUUCACGAACCAGCUGGCGAGAUGGGACACAUCAAAGGGGCUUUGAAUAUGACCGGUCACAUCAAGUUCAAAGAGGGGGAUUUAAUCGUCAGUAUGCUCGGCAACGAAGUGGAGAAAAUUGGGAUGAAGAAGAUCUCCCUGAAUGGAGUGUGGAUGGAGAUCCAGAUGAGGUUGGAACAUUUGAUGCCAGUGGUGCUUUUGUCUCUCCUAAAAAGGGCUUUAGAAAAGAAGAGGAUUGGGAUGAUGAUGAAGAAAAGGCAGAAAAAUCUUCAAGAGGGAGUAGUCCUCCUAACAACAAUAAAAUGGAAAAGGGCUUCAUCUUGUGUAACAUUACGCAACUUAUUAAACGCAGCAUCAGUUACAAUAUCUGGGAUGAUGAAGAGGAAUCUGAGGUACCCACAACCAAACAACCCGGUGCUUUACCCCCAGACCAUGAAAACUACAGUAAAUGGCCAUUUACAUCAAAUGAGAUGGCAGAAGGGUUCAGUGCAGGUUACUUUACUAUGAACUUAUCAGUUCGCAGAGGCUGUGAUGAACAGUUUUCACCUCUUGGUGAGUUAAUAAAGAGGUGGGGGCGUGUACCAUUUUUAGCAGGACCUUCUCCCCCACCGCUUAUGAAUAGUACUAGUCCAGAUAUAUCAAAACAGCAGCAGCAGCAACAACAACAACAGGAACAUAUGCAAGCAAUACAGCAACAGUUAUUAAUACAACAACAACUUGUUCAACAACAAAUGUUAAUGAGACAUCUACAGAUACAACAGAUGCAGCAGAUAAUGAGCCAGCUACAGGAAAACGAACAGUUCAAGUCAUUACCACCACUACAACAACAACAGCUUGCAAUGCAAAUGAUGUUAAAGCAAGGCACCCCCAUACCUCCAGCCCAACAGUCACAACAAGAAAAACUCUCACCUAGGUCCUCAGAAGUUCCAGUCACAUCAUCAUCAUCUCAUCCAUCAUACAAUCGUUCAUUUUCCACGCCAAACACAUCUCAGGGACAGAAUGUGGCAGGGAGUAUCUGGGACAUAGAUCCGGGUACAACCACAAUGCCUGCUGGAGGUAUAACAGCUGCUGAACUAGAAAAUCAGUUGAAGGAGAAAGAACAACAAGAAGUAGAAAGAAAAUACCAAGAAAUGCUGGAAAGAGAGAAAGAAGCAUUAAGAAAGCAACAAGAAGAAGUACAAAGACAGAAAGAAGAAAUAGAACGAGAAAGGCUAGAGAUAGAAAGAAGGAAACAAGAAGAAUUGAAGAAAAUAGAGGAAGAAAGAUUACGAGCAGAAGAAGAAAAAAGAAAAGUAGAAGAACAUAGAAGACAUCUAGAAGAGAAAAAGAGAAAGGAAGAAGAACAAAGAAGAAGAAUGAUGGAGGAGGAAAUGAGGAGACAGCAAGAAGUAGAGAGACAAAAAGAAAUACAGAGGCAGCAAGAAAUACAGGAGAAGGAGGCUGAGAGAUUAAAGGAGCAGGAGGAGAGAGAGAAGCAAAAAGAACAGGAGUUACAGAGACGACAACAAGAAGAUGCUCUUAGGAAACAGCAAAACGAAGCUCUGAGAAAACUGCAGCAGGAACAGCUUGCUAACAUACAGUUACCAUCACAUGCACAGUGGGCAAACAGUCAGUCCCAGAUGUCGGGGACAACAGAUGGCAAGUCAUUACUGGAAAUACAACAACAGGAAGAAAAAGAAAGAUUAGAGAGAGAAGAGGUACAGAGGAAGCAGAUGGAGGUCCAGAGACAGCAGAUGAUGGCUCUCCAGCAACAACAACAACAAAAAUCUUGGACAUCUUCUCUCUCAGCUCCUCAAGGAACAAAAUCCUUACUUGAGAUACAACAAGAACAGGCAAGGCAGUUGGAAAGAGAAAGGCAGAAGCGUGAGGAAAACCAUCAAGUUGCAGCAAAGAACAUGACGCUAGGAUCAGCCAGUGUUUGGGGAUCAUCCCCUCCUCUCACAAACUGGGCCAAUGAAGGAGCAUGGGGAGCCAUAAAAAAUGCACAGCUCGGUGUCAAUAUGAAUAACAAUAACAACAGUAAUAACAAUGCAUUGGGUUUCUGGGAUGAUGCAAUCAUUUCAACCUCGGGUCCCGUGAAAAAACAGUCCAACAAACCAAGUAAACAGCAGACAGCAGAAUUUCCUGCAUUGAGUGGAGACAAUUCAAACCGAGGUAAAACAGCAGUGGGUGGUCCGAGCAAACAGAAACCAUCAAAAUCAAAGAAAGAGGAGGAAGCUGUUCAGAGAUUGUUCCAACCAUUUCCACAGGAGGAUGAUUUCACAUUAUGGUGUAAAAAGCAACUGAAAAACAUGGCCACAUCAGUUGAUAUUCCAACAUUCAUUGCAUUUCUACAAGAAGUAGAAUCUCCCUAUGAGGUGCAUGAUUAUGUACGUUCAUACUUGGGGGAGAAUAAAGUUACAGAGGACUUUGCGAGGGCGUUUUUGGAGAAAAGGAGCCAGUUCAGGAGCAAGUCAAAACCUGCUGUCCAAGAGGAUAGUAUCUGGGGACCAGCCCCAGCUAUAACACCAAGGGAAUUGCGUCAGCCUACUCAGUCUUUCAACGAGGAUGGUCAGAAAGGCAAAGCAAAUAAGAAGAAAAAGAACAAAAUGAUGAAAGUAGAUGCAAGUAUUCUCGGAUUUACAGUGCAUGCUGCUCCAGACCGCAUUGUUGGAGAGAUUGACUGUUUAGAAACAACUCCAAGAUGAGAUACAGGAGAGCAAAAAUUGACUGGAUCCUUUAUGAGAGAAUAUUUCUUUUUCUGUUAAUUAUUGACAUGCUUUGCAUUGUUUGUUGAUGUAGGGUUGAGUGCUUCUUCUUAUCACACAAAUGUUUUUAUCAGAGAUGUGGCCCAAAUGUUAAUAAGGUACGACAGGGAUGAAUACUCGGAACCCGUAAGUGCAUAGAGAAGAUGGGACUGUUCAAUAUCUGCCCAUGUUUGGGCUCUCCAGGGAGAAAUAACUGUCUCACACAGGAAAUGUAAAACAUGUGAAUCCUGUCACAGUAGCAGAAAAAAAGACAUGAAAAAUGUGAUUCACAAAUAAUUGUUCAUGAAUCUAGUUUAGUGAAAAACAGUAUUCUUUUUUUCUGGUGCAGUAAUAAAUAGUUUUAGUAUUUUGAAUAAACUUAUAAGAUCAUAGUUAACAAAUGUUGGAUUAGUAAAUAGUAGGUGUCUUCCAUGUAAGGUAAGGCUUUGUAUUUUCACCAUAGGAAAAAUGGUAUUAUUGAAAUGAAUUGAGAAAGUUCUAAAGGUUGAUUAACAAGCAGAUUUAGCUCAGAAAUGUAUGCUAUAAAAUGUGCAACUUAGAUUUUUCAGUUUUAUCAGAUUGAUUUCUUUUCCUGCAGAAACUGUAGGAAAUACCAGUACUAAAUGACAGCUAAACAUUUGAUAUAUAAGGAAAACUGAAACAACUUUUCACUGGUGAGCUUGUAGGAUUGUUGGAUGCCCCUUGCCCGUCUGUUAUCCCUACUCUCUUUAUGGAACAUCUCCAUACACUAACAAGCACUUUCAGCCAAACGUCACAUGACUGUUUCUUUGGUAAUUCUCUUAUAUGUAGUAAUUCAUGCAGGAUUCAGGUUGCCAUAGUACCUGAAAGGAAAAGCUUUAAAAUUCUCUGAAACUCUUGGCUCAAGUUCAAAUAAUUUCACAGAAAUGUUUCUUUGUUGAGCCGCUACCAAAUUUCUUCUGAUCAUUGUGUUAUGUAAAAGAAUACUUGUGGGAGUGGAGCUGGUUUUCCUUGUAUGCCUUUUAUGGAAACUUUGUGAGUCUUGUCAGGAACUGCUGGCCUGAAGACUGUUCAUAUUAUUGAGAUUUGUUAAAAAAAAAAUGGCUGCCAGAGCUGUAAGUAGAAAAAUCUUCAAGCAACAUCUUCUACACCUCUGGUCUGAGUUCACAGAAACCCUGCACUAAGAUUAUUCAAAUUCAUUUUUAGCUAGUUUUUCUGAUCGCUCGAUGUCCGGCGUCUGUCGUCCGUCGUCUGUCAACAUUUAGCUUGUGUAUGCGAUAGAGGCUGUACUUUUCAAUUAAUCUUCAUGAAUAUUGGUCAGAAUGAUAACCUUGAUGAAAUCUAGGCCGAGUUCGAAAAUGGGUCAUCUCGGGUCAAAAACUAGGUCACUAGGUCAAAUCAAAGAAAAACCUUGUGUAUGCGAUAGAGGCUGUAUUUUUCAUUUAAUCUUCAUGAAUGUUGGUCAGAAUGAUAACUUUGAUGAAAUCUAGGCCGAGUUCGAAAAUGGGUCAUCUCGGGUCAAAAACUAGGUCACUAGGUCAAAUCAAAGAAAAACCUUGUGUAUGCGAUAGAGGCUGUAUUUUUCAAUUGAUCUUCAUGAAUUUUGGUCAGAAUGAUUGCCUUGAUGAAAUAAAGGCCGAGUUCGAAAAUGGGUCAUCUCAGGUCAAAAACUAGGUCAAAUCAAAGAAAAACCUUGUGUAUGCGAUAGAGGCGGUAUUUUUCAAUUGAUCUUCAUGAAUUUUGGUCAGAAUGAUUACCUUGAUGAAAUCUAGGCAGAGUUCGAAAAUGGGUCAUCUGGGGUCAAAAACUAGGUCACUAGGUCAUAUCACGUAAAAACCUUGUGUAUGCGAUAGAGGCUGUAUUUUUCAAUUGAUCUUCAUGAAUUUUGGUCAGAAUGAUAACCUUGAUGAAAUUUAGACCAAGUUCGAAAAUGGGUCAUCUGGGGUCAAAAACUAGGUCACUAGGUCAAAUCAAAGAAAAACCUUGUGUAUGCAAUAGAGGCUGUAUUUUUCAACUGAUCUUCAUGAAAUUUAGCCAGAAUGAUUACCUUGAUAAAAUCUAGGCCGAGUUUGAAAAUGGGUUAUCUGGGGUCAAAAACUAGGUCACUAGGUCAAAUCGAAGAAAAACAUUGUGUAUGCAAUAGAGGAUGUAUUUUUCAAUUGAUCUUCAUUAAAUUUGGUCAGAGUGAUUGCCUUGAUAAAAUCUAGGUCGAUUUUGAAUAUGGGUUAUCUGAGGUCAAAAACUAGGUCACUAGGUCAAAUUAAACAAAAAUCUUGUGUAUGCGAUAGAGACUGUUUUUUUUUCAAUUGAUUUUUAUGAAAUUUGAUCAGGUUGAUUGCCUUAAUGAAAUCUAGGUCGAAUUUGAAUAUGGGUCAUCUGAGGUCAAAAACUAGGUCACUUGGUCAAAUCAAAGAAAAAACUUCUGGUUAUGAUAGAGGCUGUAUUUUUCAGUUGAUCUUCAUGAAUUUUGGUCAGAAUGAUUGCCUUGAUAAAAUCUAGGUCGAGUUUGAACAUGGGUCAUCUAGGGUCAAAAACUAGGUCAUAUCUAAGAAAAUGCUUGUUUUAUCGCAAGAGACCAAUUUUUUGGUCCAAUCUUAAUGAAAAUUGGUCAGAAUAUUUGUUUCCAUGAAAUCACUAGGUCAAACAUGUUUUACACUGUUAUGGAGUGUUUCUUAGGUGAGCGACCUAGGGCCAUCUUGGCCCUCUUGUUUCUGAUUUAUCAGAAAGCAUUGCUGUCUAAUGCUAAAAAAUAUAUGACUCUACAAACAACAUUUUGUCUAAUACCGCUUGUAAAAUUUUAAAUAAGUUCACUGAAAUGUUCCUUGAAUGACACACUCCCGAGAUUUUUCAUAUUAUUUAUCCCCCCGCCAAAGGCGAAGGGGAUAUUAGAAAUGCUCUUCGUCCGUCUGUCCACAACGAUCUUUGUCCGGAGCAUAACUCCAAAAGUACUGGAGGGAUUUUCUUCAAACUUCAUACACUGAUAGAACACAUUGGGAGGAAGUGCAAUGUGCAAGAACAAUAACUCUACCUUGCCUAUUUUUUGAGUUAUUCCCCUUUAUCAUAUUUUCUUAAAAAAAUUUGUCCGGAGCAUAACUCUAAAAGUACUGGAGGGAUUUUCUUCAAACUUCAUACACUGAUAGAACACAUUGGGAGGAAGUGCAGUGUACAAGAACAAUAACUCUACCUUGCCUAUUUUUUGAG